CUCUCUCUGUCUAGGGGUUGAGCUGGGCAAGGGGCGUGCCGAGGAUGGAGGACAAGCCCUACAGCAGCCUCAAGCCCUCUCUGGACAGGCUCACCCUGGGGGUCAUCCGGAUAUUAGAAGCUUCUCCAGGAGUCGAUGAGGUGACAUUUGUGGAAAAGGAGCCAGCUGAACGUCACUCUAUUGUUUCCUGGGAGCAGAAAAACUCCUGUGUAUUGCCAGAGGAUUUAAAGAAUUUCUACCUAAUGAGCGAUGGCUUCCACAUGACCUGGAGUGUGAAGUUUGAUGAUAACCCCAUGCCACUGGGCUCCAUGGUGAUUAACGGCAUCUCUAAGCUAAGUCGCCUUGGCGGAUCAUCGGCGUACGCCCUACCCAAUGCACCCACCCUCGCUGACCUGGAAGAUGAUAUGGAUGAGAAAGGUGAUGAAGACCAGCCAGAAAAGCCUCACUUUGACUCUCGUAGCCUGAUAUUUGAAUUAGACCCAUGCAACGGGAACGGGAAAGUUUGCCUUGUUUAUAAGCACACCAAACCAGUUGUCACCCCAGACACUGAGAUAUGGUUUCUGGACAGAGCUCUGUACUGGCAUUUCCUCACUGACACCUUCACUGCCUACUACCGACUGCUGAUCACCCACCUGGGUCUCCCGCAAUGGCAGUAUGCCUUUACGAGCUACGGUGUCAGCCCCCAGGCUAAGCAAUGGUUUAACAUGUACAAGCCCAUCACCAUCAACACAGCUCUACUCUCGGAAGAACCUGACUCCUUUGUGAACAAACUGGACCCCAACAAGGUAUUUAAAAGCAAGAACAAAACUCCGGUGAUCAAAAAGAAAUUGCCAGCCCAGCCAGCAGGCUCUCAGAAAAGCCACGCAAGCACAACCGCCUCCAAGACCCCUUCGCUAUCCGGGAACGCCCUGAGGAAACGAGAACCCCAAACCUGACGCUGGAAAGCAGGUUCAUUCCAGACUGUUAAAAACCCACUGUGGUGUCUCUU